AUGAGCGCGGCGCCGGACAACCGCACGGACGCGGCGGGCCUGCUGCUGGCCCAGGGCAGCGAGGCGCUGGCGCGCGCGGUGCGCUGCUGCACCCAGGCGGCGGUGGUGACCGACGACGGCCCCGGCCCCGGCCCCGGCCCCGGCGGCCCGGACGAGCGCAGCCUGUACGUCCUGCGCGUGGUGCAGAUCGCGGUCAUGUGCGUGCUCUCGCUCACCGUGGUCUUCGGCAUCUUCUUCCUGGGCUGCAACCUCCUCAUCAAGUCCGAGGGCAUGAUCAACUUCCUGGCGAAGGACCGCAGGCCGUCCAAGGAGGUGGAGGCGGUGGUCGUGGGGCCCUACUGAGCGCCGCCCGCCCGAGCCCCUGCUGCCCUGGACCGUCGCCUUUCGGGGUGAAGCGCCCGGUGCCGGCGG